CCUUCUUCCGGUGAAACAGCGCCUUGUCGUGGACAGACGCCAAAAUCCACCGAGUUUUCAUUUCUCCGUUUACGGAAACACUUUGACGUCAACACAUGUGCAGUCUUGUUCUCAGAGUCCACUUCAAUACGUGAGGCGUUGCAUGCGUCCUCUUGCUUCCCAAAUCCCAAAUUAAGACGGCGCCGACGUGACAGAUGCAAAGGUGACUGGAGGCUUGAUUGGAAGAAACAUGAUUUCCAGCAAAAUCCAACCGGCGGCGUGCAGACUAUGGUUUACGACGCGCGUGACAUCCAGGCAGGAGCUAAGUAUGUCCACCUUGGUGCCCCCCCAGCCGGUGCCCCCCCUGAGUCAGACUCUACAGGCCUACAUGAGAGGCCUGGAGCCCCUCAUCCCUCCCGAAGAGCUCACCCACACCCGCAGGGUUAUGCGGGAGUUUGCCAGACGCGGUGGCCUCGGCACGGAGCUUCAGAGGGGCCUGGAAAGGAGGGCGAGAAAGACAGAGAACUGGAUCACAGACUGGUGGGUGCAGUGGGCCUACUUGGACAGUCGACUGCCACUGCCUGUGCACUCUAACCCGGCCAUUUCCCUCCCCAGACGAGAUUACAAUGGCUGGCGGAGCCAACUGUUGUUUGCAUCCAAACUGAUUGUUGCAGUACUUGAAUUUAAGGCCAAACUUGACACUGGCCGUCUGCCAGUGGAGUACAUGCGAGGCAGGCCUCUGUGCAUGGAGCUUUACCCGCUGCUCUUCUCUUCGUGUCGCAUCCCGGGCCCCAAACACGACUACGUGGCUCACUACGGGACCCCCCGUCGCUCACCGACGCACAUCACUGUGGUCCGGAACUAUCAGUUCUUCCAGUUGGAAGUGUACAACAGCGACGGCUCCCGCCUGACAGAGAGCCAAAUUCACGGGCAGCUGCUGAGGAUCAGAUCCCAGUCCUGGAAGACGGACAAGGAGCCGAUGGGGAUCCUGACCAGCGAGCAUCGCCACACAUGGGGCCAGGCCUACAACCGCUUGCUGAGAGAUAAACUUAACCGGGAAUCAGUGCAGGCAAUUGAGAAGGGACUUUUUUCGCUAUGUCUGGAUUCUCCAGUUAUGAGGAUAUCAGAUGAAAAAUACGCGAGCCGCAAAGCCGCACAGGUCCUGCAUGGAGGGGGCACCUUCUCCAACAGCGGCAACCGCUGGUUUGACAAAACUCUGCAGUUUGUGAUCGGCGAGGACGGCUCCUGGGGUCUCCUUUAUGAACAAGCUACGGCUGAAGGUCCGCCCAUAGCAACCCUGCUGGAUUAUAUCCUGCGCUACUGUGAGAUUCCUGACCCAAGGCGAACACCACUGGUCCCGCUUCCAAUGCCCAAGAAGCUUUACUUCCAUAUAGACAGAGAAAUCAAGAGAGACAUUGAGAAUGCCAAGCAGAACCUUGAUAUACUGAUCAAUGACCUGGAUGUGAAUGUAUUCAACUUUAAGAAAUUUGGCAAAGACCUUCCUAAGCAGUACAAACUGAGUCCGAACUCCUUCAUCCAGGUGGCCCUGCAGCUGGCCUACUACAGAGUUCACGGUGACGUUUGUGCCACCUGUGACAUCGCUUCUCAGAGGAUGUUCCGUAAAGGAAGAACCGAAUACAUCCGCUCGCCUUCGAGCCAGACACUCAAAUUCAUCCUUGCCUUUGUCGAUCCAUCAGUGUCGCGUGAAGCCAAGCUCCAACUAUUUACAGAAGCAGUUGAUGCCUACUCAACUCUGACUGACCAGGUACUCAAAGGACAUGGCAUAGACCGACACCUGCUGGGGCUCAAACUGCAGGCCAUCGAAGACGGACUGAGCGUUCCCAAAAUCUUUAUGGAUACUGCUUUUGGUCUGGCAACUCAUUGGAAACUUCGAACAGGGCAGGUGCCUGCCAACACAGACAGCGUGAUGUGUUUUGGUCCGCUGGUCCCUGACGGUUACGCCAUAUGUUACAACCCCCAGUCUGACCACGUCCACUUUUCUAUAACGGCCUUCAACUGCUGUGAGGAGACAAAUGCAGAAACACUCGGUGUCGCCGUGUGGGAAACCUUGUGCCAAGUGCACGAGCUCCUGGUGCCUCCUAUGUAGAGUUGCUGCAGACUUAAGACUAUUCCCAUUUUCACUCCCAAGUAUUCUUCUGGAAAUUCAAAGUGUUGAUGAAGGCUUAUUUCUCAUUGAUUUUUUUUUUUUUUUUUUUUUUUUAUUAUAUUUUUUUUGCGUUGUACAUUCACAGCUGCUCAGUUUUCAUGCUGUUGGUGCGGAAAACAAAUCACAUAAACACUUCAGCAUUAAACAUAGCCAAAACGCGUGUAUAUGUGCUAGUUACUGCUAUCAAUUAAAAGUUGCUUGGUGUGUUUGUGAAGGACCAAAAUGUGAGGAAAGAAUUGGGAUGGUCACAAACGGUCCUGUUGCUUGAAUAGAACAAAUGUGGCCCAUUUUGUUGGGCAUGUUUGCGCACAACCUGUUGAUUUGGUUAAUAAAGUUCACAUUUUUAAUUCCCUGA